CUGGUAAAUGUGGCCAUUAUGUUGCCAGUGGUCAACAAAAUCCAUUUUUUAAGAGCAUAGAAGCCAAGCACUGGCUAAGAGUCAGUGUUCUUCCUUUCUAAGACUUUUAUUUUUCUACUUUUUAUUUUGGGGAAUGAGUGAAGAGAGGGUUGUAAGUUGUGCAGAUGCUAUAGAAGAAGAUGCAAAUGCUGCUGGAGAAGAGCACCCUUCUAGGUGUUUCCAAGCCUCAGCCUUAUGUUGCUGCAUCCCUAGAAGGCGGUUGUACUUGCCAGGGAGGAGACCCAAGGACAGAAAGAAGAAAAACGAGAAAAAGAAUUAUCCUGAAGAUCUAUCCUGUGAUGUCACCAUUUUUGAGCAAAGAGAUCAGAACAUGGGCCAAGACUAUUGGAAGAUGACACCUGCAGGUGACUUGGGUGUACAAACAGAGGCUAUCAAGCCAGCUUUGGCAGUAUGUACCCAGCCCUAUGACAGAAAAAUUCAAGAUCCCCAUAUACCUAUGCCUUUAAGUGAUAUAUUUUUGGAAGAAAAGCAAGGAGAAUGUGAUGAAAAAACAAGUGCAAAUACUUUCCAAACGCCACAACAAAAGGAGGGAUCAGAUAAUAUGAGUGUGUUAUCUUUGGAAAAGGUAAAGAAAAAGGUAGUGGGUGCAAAAUUAGAGGGUGAUCCCUCUGAAGAAGGGAAGGAGUAUCUAAUUAUGGCAGCUGAAGAAAGCAGACAACAUAGAAAAUCUGAAUUGCUGAGUGCAGUGCUCCAAGAAGUAACCGAUGAAAAGGAACAACAAAAAGAAAGAGGUCAUACAGGGAUUAUAUUGGAAGGUUUGCCCUGUAAGAAGGACCAGAAGCGGAGUCACCAAGAUGUGCCAUUUCAGGAGCUGCAGCAGACUAGAGAACUAGAACCAAACAGUACAUUGACUGCCAGUGAAAACAAAACUCAAGAGGAACAAAACACAAGUAUUGAUUCCAAGGGCACAACUUCUUUGCAGGAACUGUUCAACCAACCAGCUGUACCAUGCAAUGAGAAACAGCAGGUUGGGAGGCAACAACAACAUGGUAUGGGUAUCACCCAUAACAUGGAGAAACCAGUGUUCUGGAGUCAAAUAAAUCCUGUAUCUAAAGGAGAUGUUCACAAGGAGGAGCAGGCUUACAAAGCUAACCAGGAGGUACAGCAGCCUGUGGAACAAAAAUACCCAGAUAUUUUGUCUACCAUGUGUGGAAAUGAUGAACAAGAACAGCCAGAAGUACAACAGCUUUUAGAUUUUGUAAGAGAAACCUCCUCCAAUGAGAUAAACUUGUUUGACCAAGAAGACCAACUGCCUAUUUUACCCAAAGCUAUGAGCUUUCCAUUGGAGGACACAACCUGUGAGAAGGAACAGGAAGACACACAAGCUUUCAGAAGCUCAACAUUAGAGAGCUUUCUCAGCAUGUCAGAAGAUCAUCAGUAUGUUCCCCACCAGAUGGAUCUACAAGCUGUUGCAAAAGAAAACAUAACCACAUUGCCCCUGGGUGUAGCUUGCACAAUGGAUCUGCAAAAACUAGCAUAUAUAAACAGUUUGCCUCAGGAUGUUGUUCCUCAUGUUGCAAAGCAAAAACACUCAGAUGCACAGCAGCUUCUUUUACUGGAACAAAUUAGCACACACCAUGAUGAAAAGGAAAUGCAAGAAGGUCUAGAUUAUGCACAUUCCGGAUGUAAGGGCACUGCCUAUACUGAAGAACAGGAGAAGCAAAAGCUCAAUGCAUCAGAACAUACUCCUACACUUCCUGACAACCUAAGCUAUGAGAAAGAACAGCAAAGAAAAUUGGACUGUGGGGAUUCUGGGUCUGAGGGCACCUAUGACAAGGAGGACCAGGACCAUCAGGGUACUCUUUACUUAGAAGUGCAACGGCCUCUAGGACUUGCAAAGCUGAGCUCUUUGCCUCUGAGUGGGACCUCUGAAGAACUGUGUGUAAGAAAGGACAACCUAUACACUGGCAUUCUUGAAAUACCCUCCCUGAAUGAAGAGCAAGAAGCUGAGGACGAUGAGAGCAAGGUGCAUAUGCUUGCUUCCUGUAAAGACAACGCAACAGCGCAGGAACAAGAAGAACAACCACUUCCUAUGCUCCCACAGGCAGGAUGCAACACAGAAGGGGAGCAACUGGAGACGUGGCAUAUCCAGAAGACAACAUCCAUACCGUAUGAGGAGCAGCAGGAAAGGGAACAACUGAACCUGGGCAUGACCUGUGAGGAGCAUCAGAAGAAGGGAAAAUGGGGUCUGUCAAGCACCACAUUCCCUUCUACUACUAAGGAGGAUGAGGGGCAUAUGUAAGGUGAUCAUUUCCUUCAUUUGAGGCAAAAUCCUCAAAAUUACCACU